CAACAUUUAAACGUGGUUCUGUAGAAACACGUUUUAUUCCAUUAACAGUUAAUAUUGGUGAUAUAACAGAAAUCAAUAUUGAUUUUAAGAAAACAGGCAAUUUAAUUUCAUCAACAUGGUAUUCAUCAACUUGGGCAUUUACUAAAGCUGUUGUACUCAAUGGUGAUCAACAACAAAGUCGUAAAUUCUGUUCAGGUGGAACAAUUACAUCCUCCGGUCCUGCUGUUCGAUUUGCUUCAUGCUAA